AGCUUUGGAAAGAUGGCAGAGGUAGAGCCAAGAAAAAAGAUCCUUUUGGUUCCAGAAAAUCUCCUGAAAAAGAGGAAGGCUUAUCAGUCCCUCAAAGCCACCCAGGCAAAGCAGGUGCUUUUGCAAAGGAAGGAGCAGAAAAAAGGAGAAAAACUCAAGUUUAAGCAACUAGAAUGGUUCCUACAUGAGUCCUGGUGGCAACUACGUGACAGGGUGCAACUCAGACAACUAGAAGUGAAACCUCAUGGCUUGGAAGUGCCAGAUAAACACUCCUUGGCCUUUGUUGUACACAUCCAAAUGAUUAAUAGGGUGAGUUUACUGGUGCAGAGGACCAUUGCAAGACUUGGCCUGAGUAAGAUUUUCAGUCAUGUCUUUAUGAAAGUAACCCCUUAAACCAGAAAAACGCUUCAUAUAGUGGAACCUUAUGUGACCCGGGGAUUUGCAAAUCUGAAGUCUGUUCAGGAACUCAUCUUUAAAUGUGGACAAGCCAAGGUCAAGAAUAAAAUCGUCACACUGACAGACAACACAGUGAUUGGGGAGCACCUGGGGAAGUUUGGUGUCAUUUGCUUGGAAGACCUCAUUCAUGGAGUUGCCUUCCCAGGGAAGGAUUUUCAGGUGAUCUCAGGGUUCUUGUGCCCUUUGCAACUCUCAGUAGCCUAUCAUGCUACCAAGAAUAGAGGGGGCUUCCUCAAGGAAGUGGGCUCACCUGGCUGUCAAAGUGAAUGCAUCAAUCGACUCAUCUGGCAGCUGAACUAAACCCAGAAUAUCUGAAAGCACAGUGCAUCGGAAGCAUGUGUUUUUGUUUUAUGGAAUUGUUACCCAUUAUCUUCAAGGAAGAUUAUUUUCUGCUUUAUCUUCAGAAACUGGAGGUGAAAGGUCAGGAAAAAGAUGAUGAUGUUCACAGCAGGC